AUGGCGAAGCAAUCCAAGAGAACACGCAAGUUCGUGCAGAGCGGUGGUGUAAAGGCUCGACUUGAGAAGGGCACCAUCAACAAGAAGGGAAAAGUGAAGAACAAUAAGAAAAAGGGUCCCAAAAAUGACGCUCAAGAAGGUAUCGACGCCAUCAAAGAGGCCAAAGCAAAUAAUUACGCCAAGGGAUUGGCGAGGAAGCGGGAAGAAGCAGAUUUUGUUUCCCAAAAGAAUCUAGGAGACUUGGAUAUGGAAUCUUUCUUUUCCGAGUUCGCGGGUGGAGUCGAUCCUGAUGAGUACGACGACGCCGAAGAGGAGGCUGCCGCGGAUAAUAGUAGCGACGAUGAUGACAAAGAAGAUAGUGACGAAGACGAAGAAGCAGAGGCGGAAGCAGAAGAAAAGCCAACAAAGAAAGCCCGAAAAGAGGCACAGCAGAAUCACGAAAGGAGCGAUUCCGACAGUGAUAGCGAGGAAGAAGACGUCGAAGUUCUAGAGAAACGAAUGAAGUCUGAAAUGGGAAAGCUUGAAUCAGAAGACCCUGAAUUUCAUGAAUUCUUGCAAGAAAAUGACGGGUCCCUGUUGCAAUAUGGGCAAUCUGCCGAAGGUGACAGUGAUAGCGACGAGGACCAUGAUAUGGCUGCAGUCGAAGAUGACGAAGAGGGAGAUGAUGACGAGGAAAAGUCCCAGCCAAUCGAUGGAAAUGCGAUGCGUCUUACGCCUGCUGCUCUGGCAAAGCUUGAGAAGGGUGCCUUUCAACAUCAUGGAAUCAAGAAUCUCAGGAAGUUGGUAAACGCUUACAAAUCUGCUUGUCAUUUGACAGACGGCUCCGAUAGCGACAUGAGGGGCCAAAGAUACCAUAUCGAGUCAUCCAAAGUGUUCGAUCGCCUCAUGGUUGUUGCCUUGACAAAAGUUCACGAGGAAUUCCAUUAUCAUCUCUUGGGGAAGGGAUCCACCCAAAAGAACCAGCUUCCAAAAAAGAAGGGAGUCAAAAAGAGUGCCGAUGAGGAUGCAGAAGAUCAAGAAGAUGAAGAAAUGGACCCAAACAAGCCAAUCAAUCCCAAGACUCUUGAAAAGUCACAAAGGUGGGCCGAUGCAAAGCCCAUUCUAAUGACCUUCAUCAAGGCCACUUUGCACAUUCUCUCCGAAGCAAAAGAACCAGAUCUCGUUGUGUAUGUUCUCAAGUCACUCUCCAACUAUAUGCCCUACAUGACUCCAUUUCCUCGCCUUGCAGAAAACUUCCUCAAGACGCUCACUGGGCUUUGGAGUGCACCCAUUGAUGCAUCAGAGGACUACCAAGUAGUUCGUUUGCAUGCCUUUCUCAGAAUCCGGCAGUUGGCCCUAACGCAACCAUUCCCAUUCAUCGAGGAAUGUUUGAAGAAGCUCUACCUAGCAUAUGCCCAAAGAGCAAAGUUUGCCAAUGCAGCAUCUGUCACUUCUGCUUUGCCUACUUUGACUUUUAUGGGUAACUGUUUGGUAGAGCUCUACAGUCUCGAUUACCAUUCAUCUUAUCAGCACGCCUUUGUUUACAUCCGGCAACUGGCCCUGCAUUUGCGUUCCGCAAUGCAAAAGAAAACACAAGAGGCAAUGGCGACCGUGUACUGCUGGCAAUACCUCCAUUGCUUGAAGCUUUGGGUCGCAGUCUUGACCGAAGCAUGCCAGUCUGACGAAUCUGGGGCAGGAGGGAGCGACGAUCAGUUGCUGCGUUCGUUGGUAUUCCCACUCACUCAAGUCAUUUUGGGAACUGUCAGUUUGAUCCCAUCAACGCGAUAUUUGCCGCUUCGUCUCCAUUGCGUGAGACUGCUUCAGCAACUUGCUGCUGCAUCUGAACAGUUCAUCCCAACUACAUCUAUUCUACUUGGCUGUCUGGACUUGAAAGAAAUUUACCAGCCAUCCAAAAAGACAACAAAGGGAGGUGUUCAGCCAUUGGCAUUGACACUCAGACUCCGAGCCGACAGUCCCCUCCGGACUAUGGAUGAGUUGGAGAUGUGUAUUUCGGAAAUAUUCCUAUUGCUAAACCGAGAGGUGGAUUUAUAUCAAUAUUCGCCCGGUUUCCCAGAGUUCUCAAUCAGGAUUUCGCAACGGUUACGAAAAUUUGCAAAAGAAAGCAGAUCUCCUCGAUGGAAGGCAUAUGCACGCGGAUGUCUUGAGCUCUGCACCAAGUAUCACGAACGAGGCGUCAACGAGCGUGCCAAACUGAACGAUGUUGCUCCUAGAGAUGUGAAACAACUCGAACUUCUUAGACCUAUUCGCGUACCCAGCAUGGGCGCACGGUACAAGGAGUCCUUGGAGAAGGAGAAGCGAUUGGAGGCCGCCAGUCGUCCAUUGCAAAAGACUGCCAAGAAAGUCAAGGAAGCUGAUGUCGAAGAUCCAGACGAGAAGAAAUCCAACAAGAGGAAGCGCUCCAAGAAGAAGAAAAAGGCAGAAGCUCCGAAAAUGUCGGAUGUGCCAAAGGAUGCUUUGGAACAAGAAGACGAAGUCCACGAGGGUAUCGAUUGGUCAGAUGACGAAGAGUAA